GAUCAUUCAUCCGUCAUGCCAAACACACAAUGCUUUGGCCCAUCAACUAUACUAUCUUUAGAAGCUUGCUCAAUGUCAAAUACAGCCACUGCGCGUCUCCCGCCCGGCCACCCUUGUAACCGCUCCCUCCCCCCUCUGCUUCCCUCUCCUCCCCGAUCGCCGCGCGAUCGGCCCCAAAUGCUUGGUGUGCCAACCAACAUGCUGAGCUCGUCGGCGUCGAGGCGGGACGCCGCGGCGGCCAGGGCGGCCAAGAGCGGGGAGCUCCCCAAGUCGGCCGGCAUCUCCUGGAAGGACGUUGCGGCCGCGGCCACCGCCAAGAACAGCGAGCUGUCCAAGGCGGUGACCGCCGUUAGGGAGGCCGCGGCCGUGCACCACGAGGGCUGGAUGGUGCGCUACGGCCGCCGGAAGAUCGGCAGGUCCUUCUUCCACACGCGCUACUUCGUGCUCGAGAGCAGGCUGCUCGCCUACUACAAGAAGAAGCCCAAGGAUAACAUGGUUCCCCUCAAGUCCCUGCUGAUAGAUGGGAAUUGCAGGGUGGAGGAUAGAGGGCUCAAAACUCAUCAUGGACAAAUGAUUUAUGUCCUGUGUGUUUAUAACCAGAAAGAAAAGGAGCAUCAAAUCACGAUGGGCGCUCACGAUAUUGAAGAUGCGCUGGUCUGGAAAAAGAAAAUAGAGCUCCUCAUUGAUCAGAAACCGGACCCUGCAGCUAAAAACCAUAAGGCGUUCGCUACAAUGGACUUCGAUAUGGAUCUUGGAGGGCAGUUUUCAUUGUCAGAUCGUGACAGUGCAGCUGAAGAAGAAGAGGAACGGCCAACUUUAACUCGCAGGAAAACUAUAGGGAAUGGUCCCCCGGAUUCAGUACAUGAUUGGACCAAAGAUGCUGAUUUUGGUCUGUCCAAUCAGAAUGAACCCACUCAACUUUAUUCUAAGAAGAACUGGCGACUACUUCGAUGCCAAAAUGGGGUGCGCAUUUUUGAAGAACUUCUGGAAGUGGAAUACCUUGCAAGAAGCUGUAGCCGAGCUAUGAGAGCUGUUGGAGUAGUGGAAGCCACAUGUGAAGCCAUUUUUGGGCUGAUGAUGAGCAUGGAUGCAACACGAUACGAGUGGGACUGUAGCUUUCGCCAGGGUAGUUUAGUUGAAGAGGUUGAUGGUCACACCGCAGUACUAUAUCAUAGGUUGCAGCUGCAUUGGUGUACAAGGUUCGUCUGGCCUCGGGAUCUGUGUUAUGUUCGGUAUUGGCGGCGUAACGAUGAUGGAAGCUAUGUUGUGCUAUUUCGAUCUACAGAACAUCCAAACUGUAGUCGGCAACGAGGAUAUGUGAGGGCUCUUAUUGAAAGUGGAGGGUUCAAGAUUUGUCCUCUCAAGAGUCGCAAUGGAAGACCCCGUACUCAGGUUCAGCACCUUAUGCAGAUUGACCUGAAGGGAUGGUUCCUGAAUUACUCUACUUCCUUUCAGUAUCAUUCUUUGCUGCAGAUACUGAACUGUGUUUCCGGGCUGCGUGAAUAUUUUUCCCAAACAGAUGAUAUCCAUAUAACUCCAAGGAUUCCUGCAAUGGAGAGCAUGGCUGAUGAUGAGAAGCCUAAUGAAGUUGACCCCAAGACUAAACCAGCAGAUCAAGAACGUGCAGAAAAUAAAAACAUGGGAACAAUUGAUGAAGAAUCAGAUGACGACGAGGAUUAUCAGGUUCCUGAAGCUGAUAUAGAGGAAGGUCCUAACAAAUUUGACAAUGAAGCUAAACACACAGAUGAGCCUCCAGAAAAAAUUGAUUUAUCUUGCUUUUCUGGGAUUCUCCAUCAUGAUCCGGAGGAGAAAAGCCGCAACUGUUGGACAGUACCUGACAGCAAGCUUUUCAAAGUUCGUAGCAAGAACUUCCCACAUGACAAAUCAAAGAUACCUGCAGCAAGUUAUCUCAUGGAGCUUGCAGCCAUUGAUUGGUUCAAGGACACCAAGCGCAUGGAUAAUGUUGGAAGGCAAAAAAAUUGUGUUGCUCAGGUUGCUGCUGACAAAGGGAUGCAUACAUUUAUUGUCAACUUGCAGAUUCCCGGAUCAACUCAUUACAGCUUAGUCAUGUAUUUCGUCACGAGUUCCUUGAAAAAAGGAUCGUUACUGCAGCGUUUCUUUGAUGGCGAUGAUGACUUCCGCAAUAGCAGGCUAAAGCUUAUACCAUCUGUUCCUAAGGGCUCUUGGAUAGUGCGGCAGAGUGUUGGCAGCACCCCUUGUUUGCUGGGAAAGGCUGUGGAUUGUAGCUACGUACGAGGUCCUGGGUAUUUGGAGGUGGACGUCGACAUUGGUUCUUCAGCAGUAGCAAAUGGAGUUUUGGGCUUGGUAUUUGGUGUUGUCACAACAUUAGUAGUUGAUAUGGCUUUCCUAAUACAGGCAAACACGUACGAGGAGCUCCCGGAGCAAGUCAUAGGCGCAGCUCGGCUGGCCCAUGUGGAACCCUCUACAGCUGUAGUUCCUAACCUUGAAACCAACAGUGAGAGCAACAAAGAUAAUAGUAGCAACGACGCUACAUCUUCAGAGGAUGAUUCGUCGAAGAAAACCAACUGAUUUAGCCUUUUUUUGUGAGGAAUUCGAUGAGAUUUUCUGUUUUUAUCCUUUCAAGCUCUGUAAUUAGUUCUCAACCACUGCACCAACUUGCAGUCAGGUUGAUCUCUGCGAGCGCCUAUAUUGAGUUCAGAACUUCAGAGUUCAGACAUGCUCUUUUAUUCCCUUUUCCA